CGAGGGUGAACCCCGCAUCACCACCACCAUGUUUCCACUUCAUUUCUUACGGCCGGCAUGAUCUAUGAUUUUCACGAAAAAUGCCUGAAAUGCAUUUUUCAGAUUUAUUUAAUGCUUUCGGGGUGUCACACCGUUGAGGAAUCUAAACUCAACGGCCGCAGGUGGGACCAGACCCCAGGGGGUGCCUGUGCGGAAUCGUGCAGGUUUUUUAUUUUUAAUAUUAUUAUUUUAUCUUGUUUUGGGAGGGGGAACAGGGGACGUAUGACAGGAAGAUGGGGAUAGGGCGAGGAGAGGGGGAUAUGGAGAGGAGGAGGAGGAGGUGGACGAGGAGGACGACGAGGAUAGCGAGGACGGCGAGGAGGAGUCGAGAUGGGGGAGGAGAAGAGAUGGACGGAGGGAAAAGAGGAAGGGCAGGAGGAGGAGGACGAGUGGGAGAGGAGACAUGGACGGCGAGGAAGGGGAGGACACGAGGAAAGGGAGGACACGAGGAAGGGAAGGAGACGAGGAGGCAUGGAAGAUGAGGAAGUACGAGGAGGAGGAGGAGACAAGGAGGAUGAGGAAGGGCAGGAGGAGGAGGACAAACAGGAGGAGGAGGAGGAGGAGACGAAAAGGAGAAGGGAGGAGGAGACAUGGAGGACGAGGAAGGGGAGGAAGAGCAAGGUGAUGGAAAUGUUGGCGAAGGGCCAGAAGCCGCCAGGCAUAAAGGAUAUUGAUGACAAGCCACCAAAUGUAGAUCAACCUCUUUCUUCACCCCGGAUGACGCCCCUCCCCAAGGCCUCUUGUAGCACUGUGCCCAAUAUCUCUUCAAGUGCAGCGAGUGGUGUCACUGAAGAGAGGAUACCGUGGUGGCGUCAAAAUCCGAAGGUGUCUGCUUCUGCAAGCUCUGCUCCGACCGCCCCCGCGCCAUCGACUACUGGUAGCACAGCACGCGCUGCGGUAGCCCCAAGUUCUGUGGCCCCAUACCCUAGACACUCGCCAAGCAUUAGUGCAGCUUUUGGCAAGCGGCAGAUUCUUCCCUCCAGACAACCAUCAAGUCCCCCAGCAAAUCCUCAACCAGCCACAGUAGAAAGGAGGCCACCAGGGAACCUUCCAGGUGGUCCCAGGCCUGCAGCUGUUCAUCCGUCCUCACCCAUCACCUUACCACAAGCUUCGACACCUACAUUGCAUAUCAAGGGAGUUGCUGUAGAUAGGAUGUUAAAUGAAGUCCAAAGCAGCGGCAUGGAACCGACAAGGCAUGGAAUGAAGAUGGCAGACCACAGUGGUGUGGCCAGUCAUCCGAGCAGCACAACUAUAGCCGACUGCAGCAGCUCGGCAUCAGAGGAAAUUGCAGUGGCUUUUGAUCGUAAGCUGCAUGCCCACGGGAAGGAAGCCAUGCUGCUUGAAACUCAAGAUGUGAUGCUGCCAAAGGGCGUUGCGCCCUCUGCAUCAGUGGCGGAAGGGCUUGAACCUAUGUCUCGCUCGACCUGGUCAGCUGCAGUGCCCCAAAAAACAGUACUGCAAAGUGCACUUGCAGCAUUGGGCUACGAGAUUUCCAUCCGAGAACAGAGAACCCCUGCCACGGAGGAAGAAGACAUUCGAGGCAAAGGAGAGGCCGUGUGCACCGAGCUUGCCAUGAACAUGAAUGGGCAGUACUCAAGUAGUGACUCGAGUGACGGGCAUCCAUCCGUAAGAGGAGUCGUAGCCACACGUUCUGCGGGCAGAAAGGAUUUGCUCACAGAGAUAGAGAUUUGAUAGCAGAGGGAGUUUGGCAAAGGCUUCUGGGGAUGGAUACCUCUGCGGAUGGUUAGACCAGCUCUCAAUGAGGCAUCUUACGAAGU